AUGGAGACAAGCCCCCCGUCUUUCGCGAGAUCUUGUCAGAUACGAAGGUACUCGGUGAUUUAUCGUUUCCUAAAACCUGGUGGGUGGGUUGCCGUGUCGGAUAUCCUGGCUAAAAAGAUGCUGCCCGAAAAGUUGGUAGCGGAUAUAGCUAUAUAUAUGGGGUAUAUUGCUGGGGCUAGGGAGUUGGAACGCAAUUAA